AUGGCUUCGCGAUCAUUUAUGCCUCUCCGGAGGACCUUGGCCCAGUUGCCAUCCAGAACUACUCGUACAACUGCUAGGUAUACAGGCAGAUCAUACCGUGGAUAUGCUACUGCUCCAAAGCAGGAAUUUACCGUUUGGCGGCCCUACCUGCGACUUGCAAUUGGUGUGCCAUUCAUUGGCGCUCUCAUCUACUCUAUGGCUACUGGUGAAAUUACCGAGCUCGAUUCUCCAUCUAUUGUUGAGCUGGAUGAAGCCCUUAAGAAGUCCUCCCCCAUUAGCGAGUCCUCGCCGAUGCGCCUACGAAUGGAAAAGUUUAUCAAGGAACAACAACAGAUUAUUAUCGAGGAGCUUGGUAGAAUAGAUGGCAAGAAGUUCCAUCAAGAUGCCUGGUCACGCCCCACUGGUGGUGGCGGUAUCUCAUGCGUGCUGCAAGAUGGAAACGUCUUCGAGAAAGCCGGCGUGAACGUCUCGGUUGUUUAUGGCGACCUUCCCCGGGCGGCCAUCGAAAAAAUGCGCGUAGAUCACAAGUCCUUGGUGGGCACUAACACUGAGAAGGUGGAGUUCUUUGCUGCCGGCCUCUCCAUGGUCCUCCACCCAAAAAACCCAAUGGCUCCGACCGUGCACUUGAACUACCGUUACUUCGAGACCUCGGACCCGAAGGAUCCCAUCAGCGGUGAUAAGAACUGGUGGUUCGGUGGUGGUUGUGAUCUGACCCCAUCCUACCUCUUCCCUGAGGAUGCCCAACACUUCCACAAGACUAUCAAGGAAGCUUGUGAUCGCCACGACGCGACCUACUACCCCAAGUUCAAGGACUGGUGCGACAAAUACUUCUACAUUACUCACCGUGGUGAAGCUCGUGGUGUUGGUGGUAUCUUCUUUGACGACCUCGACGCUAGCUUCCUCAAAAGCUCCUCCAGCUCAUCCUCUAACCCCCAGGAAACUUUGUUCUCCUUCGUCUCAGACUGCCUUACUUCCUUCCUACCUUCCUACGUGCCAAUCAUCCAGGCCCGAAAGGAUAUGCCAUUCACCCAGGCUCAGAAGGACUGGCAACAACUGCGCCGUGGUCGUUACGUCGAGUUCAACCUGAUCUAUGACCGUGGUACUAGCUUUGGCCUGCGCACUCCCAGUGCUCGUGUUGAGAGUAUUCUUAUGAGUCUACCUCGCACUGCAAGCUGGGCUUAUAUGGAUCCUCUCUCCGGCACAAGACCCGAGAACGCUAUUGUGGAUGAGGAUGAUCUAGGCGAGGGUCAUGAGCGCGAAAAGGAACUUAUGGAUGUUGUGAAGCAUCCCAGACAGUGGGUUUAA